AUAUUGUAGGGGGCUCCCGAGCGCGCCGCAUCGGUUGUGCCUGCUGCUGUACGCUAAGAGCCUCUUGGCUUCCGCACACGGCCGCCUGUUCUCUGUCUCCCAUCGCUUAGUGCUCUCCUCCCGCCCGGCUCUCUCGCAGCCUCUGCCCAACAUCCCGCGCUCCAUGGCGGCGGCCGUCGCACCACUGUCGCCGCAGCCCCGGGGCGCUGCGGCCAGCGCGGCACUGAGCCCCACGCGCAUCUCGAGGCUGCAGGAGAAGGAGGAACUGCGGCAGCUGAACGACCGGCUGGCUGUCUACAUCGAUAAGGUGCGCAGCCUGGAGACGGAGAACAGCGCGCUGCAGCGGCGCGUUUCCGAGCGGGAGCAGGUAUGCGGCCGCGAGAUCAGCGGUUUGAAGGAGCUCUUCGAGACGGAGCUGGCCGACGCACGUAAGACGCUGGACGACACAGCGCGGGAGCGGGCCAAGCUGCAGAUCGAGCUGGGCAAACUGCGCGCCGAGCACGAGCAGGUCCUCAGCAGCUAUGCAAAAAAGGAUUCUGAUCUUAAUGCAGCUCAAGUCAAACUUCGAGAGUUUGAAGCAGCACUAAAUGCUAAGGAAGCUGCACUGGCCACAGCUCUUGGUGAUAAGAGGAGUCAGGAAGAAGAACUGGAGGAUUUAAGAGAUCAAAUUGCACAGCUUGAGGUUUCUUUAGCUGCAGCCAAGAAGGAGCUUGCAGAUGAAACUUUACAGAAGGUGGAUCUUGAAAAUCGUUGUCAGAGCCUCAUAGAAGAUUUGGAAUUCCGUAAGAAUAUGUAUGAAGAGGAAAUCAAGGAGACGAGAAGAAAACAUGAAACUCGCUUAGUUGAAGUUGACUCUGGGCGUCAAAUAGAAUAUGAGUAUAAACUGGCCCAAGCACUGAAGGAAAUAAGAGAGCAGCAUGACGCACAAGUGAAACUGUACAAAGAGGAGCUUGAACAGACUUACAGUAGCAAACUUGAAAAUAUUAGACAGUCAUCUGAGAUGCACAGUUGUACAGCCAACACAGUAAGAGAAGAGCUUCACGAAAGUCGUAUGCGAAUUGAAACGCUGUCUUCCCAUAUUGCUGACAUUCAGAAAGAGUCUAGAGCAUGGCAAGAUAGAGUGCAUGAGCUUGAGGACACCUUGUCCAAGGAGCGGGAAAACUAUCGCAAAAUACUGGCUGAGAAUGAGAGAGAAGUGGCAGAGAUGAGAAAUCAAAUGCAGCAGCAGUUCAGUGACUACGAACAACUUCUGGAUGUUAAACUGGCACUUGAUAUGGAAAUCAGUGCAUACCGGAAAUUGCUGGAGAGUGAAGAGGAGAGGCUCAGGCUUUCUCCAGGCCCAUCUUCUCGAGUGACAGUUUCACGAGCUUCGUCAAGCCGUAGUGUACGUACCACCAGAGGAAAGAGGAAGAGAAUUGAUGUGGAAGAAUCUGAAGCCAGCAGUAGUGUCAGCAUCUCCCAUUCGGCUUCUGCCACUGGAAAUAUCUCUAUUGAGGAGAUAGAUGUUGAUGGAAAAUUCAUCCGCUUGAAGAAUACCUCUGAACAGGAUCAACCUAUGGGAGGUUGGGAGAUGAUCAGAAAAAUAGGAGACACUUCUGCUAGUUACAGAUAUACUUCAAGAUAUGUACUAAAGGCGGGACAGACUGUUACAAUAUGGGCUGCAAAUGCUGGAGUAACUGCUAGCCCUCCCACUGACCUCAUCUGGAAGAACCAGAAUUCCUGGGGCACUGGUGAAGAUGUGAAGGUUGUGCUGAAAAAUUCCCAGGGGGAGGAAGUUGCUCAGAGAAGCACUGUCUUUAAAACUACUGUAAAUGAAGGGGAAGAGGAGGAGGAGGAAGGGGAAGAAGAAAUUCUUGAAGAUGUUAUCCACCAACAGGGGAGCCCAAGGAAACCUGACAGAAGCUGUGUGGUCAUGUAAACUCUUUCCAGUCAUCCAGGUUCUUCAAAUAAUGGUUAUCAUUGUCUACAGAAUAGCCUUCUCAGAAGCACAAUGUAUUUUUAUAGUUUCUUUCUGUGAGUUCGUAAUCUGAAAGUCUAAUGGCCUUAAUUUCUUGACAUUGAAAAUGAAGUUUUGUAAAAGAAACUGUAUCUAGCUUGCUGUUAGGACAUAAACUGGUGAUUCUGAACUCUGCGUACUGUUUGAAAAUGACAUUCCCUAACCCUAGUUUUAUAUGCCAGUCUUCUUUUAAAUAGAAACUUUAGAAGUUUCUGCGUUCUGGGGAUUGAUUUUUCUCAGACAACACCACUCCAGCCAUCUACUGUUGACUUCUUUAUAUUUAGGUGCUGUUUGGGAAGGGAAAGGCAUUUUCAAUACUAUGAACUCUUUUUGUACUGAAGACAUUUUCGUAUUACAGCGCAAUCAAAGAUAAACAACUUUCUUAAAGAAAAUAGACUUUUUUUAAAAACAAAAAAAGGGGAUAAACCAUAAAAUCAUGUAAGCACUCAACUCAUGAAGGAUGCAGUAAAAAAAAAAACUUUCUAUUGCUACUUUGCUUAGGUUUCUUAUUCUGAAAAGGGGAUUCAUGUUAAAUGUGUUAGUUGUAUUGUUAAGAUAGUGUAACAGCUUAAAUUUGCUUACGUGGAUUUUUUGUAACAAAGUCUGUUUUGAUAUUGAUUGCUUUGCUUGUUUACGGUUUUUAGGAACAAAACCAAGUCUUCUAGAAAUCUAGUCUGUUUUUAUGGAAAACAACUGUAAUUUUGUCAUUGUGGAAAGUUUCAAUUCUUUUUGCAUUUACCUAAUGUUUGAAAGCUUUGAAUAAAGAGUAAGUAAAGUAUCUCUGUAUAGACACUUCAGAUUAAGGUUUUGGAAUUUGUUUAGUGAUAGAACUGAGUUAAAAGCUAAAUGAUUGCUGGAUAUUUAGAACUGAUAAGCUUUGAACUUGGAAAAACCUGCAUGUAAGUGAAACAGUGGCACUUGAUUUGUAAAGAUUUCUCUUAAAAUAAUGAGGAACAAAUUGACAUUUGGAAAAUCAAUUCUUUGGACCUUUAUUCAAAGUGUACAUAACUGUUUCUGUAGCUAUCUUUGUCUUGAUCUGAAGGUUUUUUUUAAUGGCCAGAAUAUGGGAAUUUAUUGUGCUUUUUUUGCUAUCAGUUUCUUGAAAAACAGAACUCUUUUUUAGCGUCUUCCAUGUUAAAGCAAUUUCUGCCCUGACCAACUACAUCGUGAUGUUCUGAAUUUGUGCCAACUGAAGUUAGAGGUGACCAAGGUUUAUGUGGAUGGACAGAGAUUGGUGGGACAUCUCCUUUUGGUAGUAACAUUGGCUUAAACAACUGCAUUAGACCCUGAAGUAAAACUUGAUUUCAAUUCUUAUUUAAA